AUGGCUUUGUCACAAAUAGAACGGCUGGUUAACUGGCUUAGGGAAGUUGCUGUUCGGAGAAGUUUAGUGGAACAUGCAACUAAGAAAGAAUUCUUGCAAAUGAUGGGUACAACAAAACUACAUGGCUGUUAUAGACUUUAUGCUGGAAAAACUUACGGUCGUCUAUUUUGGCUACUUGUAGCCAUUUCAACAGGUGUAGUUUUUGUUAUCAUUUUGGCAGAAUUAACGAAGCAAUAUAAGGCGGAGAAUGUCAGGACACAGGUGGAAAUAGUAUAUGAUUAUGCGGAUGGUCCAUCAUUAACGAUAUGCAGUCAUAAUCCUGUACGACGUAAUUACAUUAAAGAGCUGAAGAGAACUACAACUUUUUCCGAUGAACUGUUAAUGUAUCUAUUACACAUCUUUUUGCGCCCAGAAGACUUUGUUGAAAUGGAUGUUGUGGAUGGUCUUCUUGAUGGAGAAAGAUUGCUGCAAGAUUAUAUGUUUACAAAUAAGAAUUUUACAGUGGACUCCUUCGUUAAGGAAGCCAGUUUCAAAUGUGAAGAAGCUUUUGUGCAGUGUGCUUUCGAAGGUAGUCGAAUAAAACAACCGUUUCUGAACAACUUCGAACCUGGUUUUCGUAUUUAUGUUCAUGAUAAGGAUACUAUUUCAUACGUUAGUUCUGAGGUUCUUGUCGUCUCACCAAACAAUAAGCUCUCUGCAGGACUGAAGCCUAUUAAGUACCAAUUUCUGGAGCGUUCUAAAGGCGGCACUUGUUAUAAUACUUGGCCGUUAUCUUUGCGGCACAAUUCUACAUAUUCUUCGUCAGCUUGUAAAAUGGCGUGCAUAGCAAGAUAUUUCAUUGUGAAUUGUGGUUGUAUUCCUCUCCAAUAUAAUAUUUUGAUGGAAGGUAGGCUUUGCUCUCCAAAAGAGAUCUUCGAUUGUAUUAACGACUUUACAGAAAUUGCGAGUAUUGUUCAUAAUGUUACUUACUCUUCUUUAUGUCAAGAUUGUGCACCGGAAUGUGAACUUUUCAUUUAUUUUACACAGAAUUCUAUUAUCCACAACAUUCUUACCUCAUUGGGUAAAUAUAUGGAAGGCCUGAAGCAGCAGUACAAGCUUAGCUAUGUCAGGAAUAAUCUGGCAACCGUACAUGUGUUUUUUGCUUCAAAAAAGUAUAAGAUAUAUUCGCAGUCAACACUUUCCGAUUUAUCAAGUUAUUUAAGUAAAAUCGGUAGCGAUAUGGGUCUGUUUUAUGGUGCAAGUGUUAUUUCACUGUUUGAACUGAUUUUAGUGCUGUUCAAAACAAUUUGGGCAUUUCUUUCUCCAUCACGUGCUAUUUAUCUGAAAGAGAAAGCCAAACGAGAGAUGGAAAGAAAAUUGUGCAUUGAGGAAAUCAUAAAUGUAUAUUCUAUACCAAACCAAAUGGUUGGACAUGUCCCACAAAGAGUUGAAAUACCUACUAUUGAAUCAGUUGAAGUUGAAGAUGUUCAUAUUUCACUUGUAAAAGAGAGCUUGAUUGGAAAUGUGCAGUUGUGGCUGAAAAGAAAGUUGCAUUCGUUCACACUUUCGCUUCAACAUCCACAACGAAAACUGGAUCAAGUGAUGUCACUAACAUUAACACCAGAGCAAGCUAGUGCAAUUUUGGAAGUGGAAACAUUUGUUGAUUCAAUAUAUGUCCCUCUAAGAAGGGACAAAGUGAGAAAUUGA